GAAAUAAUAGGAAAAAUCUGUGGUCCAUUAAGUUUCUAUUUUUCUUUUAGGUUCUAACUAAUUUAUAGGCAUUUUUCAUGGAUGAAAUUCUUUUUUUUAGGAGAAAGAAAUUCAUUAUAUAAAACAACUAUAUGAUGCGUACAUAUAUCUAUAUAUUACUGGAAAAGAAAAACAAGUUACAAAUGAAAAUGGCUAAAGCUGCAAAUGAUUUCGGUUUCAUCACUUGCUUGGUGAUUUUCUUGGUGCUAACAGGAAUAUCAAAUGGAAUGAGAAUGACUCAGAAGGUGUCGUGUAUAGAAGGUCGAACCUUAUGGGCGAGGCGGCAUCUUAAGUUUUUAUAUUGUAGUAGUACUCUAUGUGAAGAUAAUUGCAUUAAUACUGGUGCUUAUAGAAGCGGCACAUGUGACAUUGAGAACGAAGUGGCAAUAUGCAGAUGUCAUCGUUGUAAAAUGAUGAUAUAGUUAUUUAUUUAUCAUCAAUAACUAAAAAGUCAAAAUGACUUUGUAAUAACAUGCAACAAUAUCUUUCAUUAUUAUAAUCCACUAAUAUUAAAAAGUCAAAAAGACCAAA